AUGGCAGCUCCAUUGAAAGGAAUCAAAGUCAUCGAGCUAGCCGGCCUAGCUCCAGGCCCGUUCGCAGGCCUCCUCCUAGCUGACUACGGCGCCUCAGUCCUACGCAUAGACAGACCGGCAGCCAUCAGUAACGACCAAUUGACCCGUAACAAAACCUCCAUAACCCUCGACCUCCGCGACCCAAGCUCCAAAAAUGUCCUCCUCCGCCUCCUCACCUCCGCCGACGUCCUAAUCGACCCCUUCCGACCAGGCGUCCUCGAGCGCCUCGGCCUCUCCCCAACAGAAGUCCUGCAGAAGCACAACCCGCGUAUCAUCGUCGCCCGCAUGACCGGCUUCCGCCGCGAUGGCAAAUACAAAGACAUGGCCGGCCACGACAUAAACUACAUCGCCGUCUCAGGCGUACUAUCCAUGCUCGGGCGCGCGGGCGAAAAACCCUUCGCACCGGGUAACAUCCUCGGCGACUUCGCCGGUGGCGGUGCAGUCUGCUUCCAGGGCAUCCUGCUCGCUCUGCUUUCCCGCGCGCAUACGGGGCGCGGGCAAGUGGUUGAGGCGAAUAUGGUCGACGGCGCUGCGUAUCUAGCUACAUUCCCACGUCUAGCGCGAUAUACACCCAUGUGGUCAGAGCCCAGAGGGGAGAAUAUCCUUGAUAGUGGAUGUCCGUAUUAUGAUACGUACGAGACGAAGGAUGCCGGGCGGUAUUUUGCGAUCGGGCCUUUGGAGCCGCAGUUCUAUGCGGCGCUGCUGCGCGGAUUGGAGCUCGAUCCAAAGAGUACUCCCCGUCGCGAGGAUAAGGAGAAUUGGCCGGCGCUGAGAGAAAUCUUUACGCGUCGGUUCAAGGAGAAGACGCGUGCCGAGUGGGAGGCUGUCUUUGAUGGGACGGAUGCUUGUGCUACGCCAGUUUUGGAGCAGGGGGAGCUGGAGGAUGCGGGGUAUGAGCAGCGGCCUAUGGUGCAUCUGGCCAGUACGCCUGCAGCUCCGAUUAAGCCGGAUCAGGGCGGGUGGACUGGUGGGGGUCUUGUGUCUGGGGAUGGGGGUGUGGAUACACUCAGGGAGUGGGUUGGGUGGGAGCAGGAUAAGGACUUUACUAUCCGGGAGGAUGGGACUUUUGCGGCGGUAAAUGGGAAGUCAAAGAUUUGA